GUUAUUCCAGGAGCGAGAACUACGUGACAGGAUGGCUCCACUUGCUCACAGUGUCCUUGUGACAGGCUCCAACCGGGGAAUUGGGCUAGAAAUGGUGCACCAGCUUGUGGAGAUGACGGACCCACCAGAGCACAUCUUUGCAACUUGCCGGAAUCCCGCUGGAUCCCAGGGAAAGGCCCUGCGUGAUCUGGCUGAUAAACAUUCCAGGAUUCACAUCAUUCAGUUAGAGGUGGAAAACCAGUCCAGUGUGAAGGCUUCUGUAGCAGUCGUGGAGUCUCAUCUAAACGGCAAAGGCCUAAACUUGCUCAUCAACAAUGCCGGAGUAAACUCUUAUGCCUCACUGGAGACUGUGCAACCGGAAGAAAUGCUCUCCGUGUUCAACACCAAUGUAGUAGGACCCAUUCUUGUGGUCCAGGAAUUUCUGCCUCUGCUGAAGAAGGCAGCAAAAGAGACAGCAACAGAGGAGAUGAGCUGCAGGAAGGCAGCUGUCAUCAAUAUAACCUCCAAACUGGGCUCCAUUGAAAGGGGCUUUGAGGUGAUGGUGGCGUCCAUGCUGCCGUACCGCGCAAGCAAGGUCGCGUUGAAUAUGGUGACUGUAUGCAUGGCGAUGGAACUGAAAGGAGACGGUAUCUUGUGCGCCACGAUCCAUCCUGGAUGGGUGAAAACAGACAUGGGGACGGAAAAGGCACCUUUGGAUGUAGAGAGCAGCGUGCAGGGCAUCCUCAGAGUCCUUGCUAAUUUAUCAUCAUCGGAAACAGGAGCUUUUCUGGACUGGGAAGGAAACAGCCUCCCUUGGUGAAGGAAUUCUGUUUAGAGAUCCAGGGCUGGCCUUACCAGGCCCUCAGGAGCCCUUGCAGACUUAAGCCUGCAGAGAACCUUAUUUUGGUCUUCAAAAUCUGGAAAAAAUCCAAACUAUCAAAUUUAUACUAGGAGGGGGUUAAAAAUUCAUACAGGGAUAGUUUAUUCAAAGCCUUUGCUGAAGUGAAUAAUUAAGUUUGGAUAUAUGUUAAUAGUUUGUUUUUUUCUUGCCUGUAAGGAGUAGGACUCCUGAGUGAAUCUGCCCCUUCCUGUUUAAACAUUUGGAAACACAGUUUUUGAUGUUGUGGAACUCUUAUUUUUACUAGCCAUAAUAUUGUUCUUCGGUUCAAUAGGCAUAGUCAUUUUUUAAAAAAAAGCUUUGAGUUCAUGUUUCACCAUGCUAUUAUGUUUUUGUCUCGCAGCCUUUUACAUAGUUGGAUGUGGGUGUGUUUUUCAAAAUCUGUAUGUAUUUUUGCAGCAUAAAGUAAUAUCACGAACGAAGGCCUUUUUGGUUAAAAUGCAUUUGAUUUUAGCACCCUUUGCAUGUUAACGUGUUUCAUGUUUCAUUGGUGUUGUAUCUGAAAAAAAGUUUAUGGCCAGCUUGU